CCUACAGUACGGAGCUGUUCUCAAACAUGAAUGACAGGUUUUAACCCUUUCUUCAAUCAAAUUCAUUUCCGUUCAGCGUGCUGUCAUGAAAGUUUAUACACGAAUUUCACAAUAAAUCAAAUAGAAUGAAGCCAAUUUUAUUACACGGACACGAGAGAUCAAUCACCUGUAUUAAAUACAACAGAGAAGGUGACUUGAUAUUUUCAAGUGCUAAAGAUAACCAGCCCAAUGUAUGGUACUCCCUUAAUGGAGAGAGAUUAGGAUCAUUCAGAGGACACAAUGGUGCAGUGUGGAGUAUUGAUGUCAACUGGGAUACAACAAAAGUUUUAACAGCAUCAGCCGAUAACACAUGUAGGAUAUGGGAUUGUGAAACAGGGAAACAGUUAGCUAAUAUAGAAACCAAAACAGCUGUAAGAACAUGUAGCUUUUCAUUCAGCGGUCGAUAUGUAAUGUUUACAACAGACAAAACUAUGGGACAACAAUGUGAAAUCUACAUCUAUGAUGUGACAGAUACUUCUUCCCCUGUAAUGGUUAUACCUAUGCCUGACAAGAAGAUUACAUCUGCUAUGUGGGGACCUUAUGAAGAAUAUAUACUAACAGGACACGAGGAUGGAGAAAUAUGUCAAUAUGAUUUUAAGACUGGUGAAAAGAAUCACAAUUGUAGAAUCCAUACAAAGGCUAUCAAUGAUAUGCAAUAUUCUCCUGAUAUGACAAUGUUUAUAGCAGCAUCUAAAGAUCACACAGCCAAGUUGUUUGACACAAACAGUUUAGAACUUAUAAAGACAUACAAAACUGAGAGACCUGUUAAUUCAGCAUCUAUUAGUCCUAACUUAGAACAUGUGGUUGUUGGUGGAGGUCAAGAUGCUUCCAUGGUAACCACAACAUCAACAAAGAUAGGAAAGUUUGAUGCCCGGUUCUUCAGUUUGAUAUUUGAGGAAGAGUUUGGAAGAGUCAAAGGUCAUUUUGGUCCCAUUAAUUGUGUUGCAUUUCAUCCAGAUGGUAAAAGUUACAGCAGUGGCGGAGAAGAUGGUUAUGUGAGGGUUCAUUAUUUUGACCCUAACUACUUUGAUUUCAAAUUGGACUACUAAAAGUGGAUAUAAUUAGAAGAAAUUAUUGUGACUAGAUACCUUCUGAAUGAAAAAGUGGACAUAUGACAAAAAUAAAAUCUCAAAACGGA